ACUAAUAGUUAAAUAUUUGUUAUUGCAGUCUUAUUUUCUUAAACAGUUGUUGGUCGUAAUGGAGAUGGUGCACGUAUAAUAUUUGCACAGCCGGCACGAGUUACGGCUGUGCCAUCAGGUCGCAUAACAACACGUUCAUUAAAAACUAAAACCGAUAUCUCGGCACGCGACUUUUUUAUAAUGUAAACAAACUUCCCGACACAUACAUUUAAACAAAACGCGCUGUAWUCAUUAUUUAUUGUUGAGCUGCUGCUGCUGCCACUGCCGCUGCUGGUGCUCAGUUAAUAUUAUGCGAAAACUCGUUUGGCGCGGUUAUUGAACUUAUGACACUUGACUUUGCCGGCUAGAAUGCUAGCGGCGUGAUUAUUUCAUAUCGCCAUUUGAACGUGUCAGCCAAUUCGUGUUUGAACUUGAAGCAUUGCAGAACGCAAAAAACGCCACAUGCACGUUUACAAGAUGGGGAAUCGAACGCCCGAGCUAAUUAUAUGCUCCUUCCUGGUAGCCAGCCUACUGGUAAUACACUUCUUCACGGACCUGUUGCGCGCCUCGCUAGCGGGAAGCUAUGCUCUGGAUGUAACACUAUCGCAGCUAAUCGAGUCACAGUCUAGUGAAUAUGCAUGGCUGUUGAAGUUGCUAGUUAACUGCUUCGGCUACAGCUGCGUCUUUGUGCCGGGCUAUCUCAUCUACAAGUAUGUGCAGCGCACCAACUAUCUCGAGCGGGGCAACAAAACGUUUCUGCACACGGCCAUCAAUAUGUGCAUUACGGGUAACUCCAACUAUGAGUCUGUGGACGUUAUUCAUUUGGCCAGCAGCAGCAGCAGUGGAGCAGCCAUGGAACGUGAUCGUCCAAGUAAGCGCACCAGCUCGCAGGAGGCUGUGCAGCUGCUUUGGUGCUUUGGCGGUCUUAUGGUCUCCUAUUUAACGUGGGGUGUGCUGCAGGAGAAGAUCAUGACGCAGCACUAUCAAAAUUUCGCUGGAGAAAGUGCUAAGUUUAAGGAUUCACAGUUUCUAGUCUUUGCCAACCGUAUGUUGGCUUUCUUUGUGGCACUCGGCUAUCUGCAAUGGCAGCCGGCUACAACGCGGCAUCGUGCUCCCCUCUACAAGUAUUCGUACGCCUCGUUCUCAAAUAUCAUGAGUGCUUGGUUCCAAUAUGAAGCUCUUAAAUUUGUGAACUUCCCAACGCAGGUGUUGGCCAAGUCCUGCAAGAUCAUACCUGUAAUGCUGAUGGGAAAGAUCAUGUCCAAGGCCAAAUACGAAUCGUACGAGUAUGUCACAGCGCUGCUCAUCUCACUGGGCAUGAUAUUCUUUAUGACUGGAUCCGCGGACAGCAACAAGGCCAGUGGCGUAACCACAUUGACGGGCAUCUUUCUGCUCUCCAUGUAUAUGAUUUUCGACAGCUUCACGGCCAAUUGGCAGGGCUCGCUCUUCAAGAGCUAUGGAAUGACCUCAAUCCAAAUGAUGUGCGGCGUCAAUUUGUUCUCCACCAUUUUUACCGGUGCCUCGCUCUCCAUGCAGGGCGGCUUCAUGGACUCACUGGCAUUUGCCACAGAGCAUCCCAAGUUUGUCUUCGACAUGGUUAUUCUAUCCAUAUGCUCUGCUGUUGGCCAAUUGUUUAUCUACCACACAAUUGAUGUAUUCGGGCCAGUUGUGUUUACAAUUAUCAUGACAGUGCGCCAGGCCGUCGCCAUCAUGCUUUCGUGUUUCAUCUAUCAGCAUAGCAUUACGAUGCUGGGCAUCUUUGGAGUGCUCAUCGUGUUCGCUGCCAUCUUCUUGCGCGUCUAUUGCAAUCAGCAACUGCGAGCUAAACGCAAGCGCGCCGAAGCCAAUAAACCAAAAACAGCCGUUUAAUUGUUGCCACACACUUGGCUUAAACGCACAAAAUCUGCUAAGCUAAGAUCUAUUUUUGAAUCGGAGGCUUAUCCAAACUUAGCUUGUAAAAUAAUCUAUCAAACGGAAUCUAUCAAUUGUACAUUAAUGUUUUGUAGUUCUAAGUUA